GGACGAGCUUCCCUCAGGACUUCAAGUAAUUUCUUUCAUACUCAUAUUGAUCCUCCUCGAACUGCUCAGUGGCAAAAUGACGGGCGGAAAGAAGCUGGGGUGUUCGGCGGCCUGGUCGAUGUGCUCACGCGAUGCUUUCAUUGAUCGGGAGCUCUAUGACCAACCAGAUUCGGCGGCCAAGGUGCCCAAGCUGGCCAAGGACCCGAUUGUUUUCUUGAUUUGCGCAGCUCUUGAAAUGCCACUGACGCAUGCAUCCUCCCUUUUCUCCCACUUAAUACAUGCGAUGCGCUGAGUCUCACGCGGCCGCCUCCUCUUUAUUGAAGCUGGAUGACCAUAAAAGGACGUGCGUUGUUGAGCCCAGGAUCGGAUUCACCCCCCUUUCCUCGUUAUGUGAUGAGUCACAUCCUCC